AGCGUCUUUGCCGCGUCAUGAAAAUAAUACUCGCCGCCUGUUUGGUGGGCGGCUGGGCGGUUCGGGGGGAUGGUGACGUCGGCAGCAGCGGUGGUGGAUGAGCUCAUACGAAAGCGAAAAGAAACAAGUUUAGCUUUUUGGAAUACGGACGACUGCAGCUUCAGUUUCAGUUGAACGCGAAUCGCCAGCGACGCCGGACCGUGAGAGCGAGAACAAGCGAGUGAGAAAAAGAGAAAGAGAGCCGCGAAACGAAAAACGAAAAUUGAAAAUCGAAAAAGUGUGUGACAAGUGUGAGUGUGUGUGUUAGAAUUGUACUAGCUUUGGCCUUAGUAUUGGUAUUAUUGCUAGUAGCAGCGCCUUUCUUUGCCACUAAUUGGUACCAAAAAAUAUAAAAAAAGGUGGCAUUAAAGAGCGUGUUACGUGGCUUUCUUUCCAAUUGGAUAAACUCACAUUUUAUGCUGACCAGCUGAGCUGUUGUAAACUCUUCUAGUCACACGCACACACGCACAGUUUCGAGUUGAAUACUAAAUUUAAAUUAAAUUUAUUUUUCUUUAAAAUGAAAUAGCCUAAAAAGACAGCGACAUAAACCCAAAAUUGUAGUGAAAAAAAAACGGAGGGAGCUAAAACUCUUGAGCGGCUAAAACAAAAUCAAUAAUUGGCCUGCGUCCGGCCCUGUGUGUGUGUGUGUAUUUGAGAGUGGGGGAGAGUGUACGUGUAUUGAGAACGACAAUUGGAGCAAUGCCUGCUGAUUGAAAGAAUAAAAGGGGGUAACUAAUAAAGAGGAACCACAAUAGAAAAUAACUUUAAUUUAGUGCAAUAAUUGAGCGAUCAAAAGCCAUGCAACCCGCAACGCCCGGUACGCCCGUUAACAAUUCUCCAUUAAUGAUUAAUUCAUCGAACACCCCUGCUGCCCCUGCCCUCGCCCCUGGCGCCACUGGAGGGGCUAGCAGCACCCCCAUACGAAUUAACAGUGCCAAAUCGCAUGCGGGGGGUGGGGACACGCUGGCCCCCUCCACCCCACACUCCCACUCCACCCCUGGAACACCGUUACAGCAACAGCAAUCGAGUAGUGUGCCCACGGGCAGUCACCUGCUGCAGCUGCAGGCGCCCCUGCCCUCAGCGGGGGGUGGUGGAGGUGGGUCCGUGACCCCCUCUGGCUUGUCCAUGGGCGCAUCAAAUCAAUCGCUCGGCAUUAGUGUUGGCGCCGCCAGCAGCGUCAGCGGAAUCAGCAUCACGCCGCCAAAUAGCGCCGGACUACGUCAAUCGACAGUAUUCGAUUUCAAAUUCAAACGGCGACCUUCGCUAAAAGUGCUCAUGACCAAACUUCCGUCCACGGACAGUUUGAGCAACAGUCCGGCGCCAUCAUCGCCAGGAAUCGCCAAUUGGGCCUCAGACAAUCGGGAUGGCAAUCUGGCAGAUAAGUCAGCUGCUGAUGCCGCAAAACUUAAUAGAAAGGAGUCAUACAAGGCCCAAAGGAAGAACUACAGACGGGAGAAGAAGCGCGUGGCCAGUGAGCUGAUGAAUUCCCUGCAAGAUCCUGCGGUCAUAGUGCUAGCAGAUUGGCUUAAGGUUCGAGGAACCCUCAAGUCCUGGACAAAACUUUGGUGUGUUCUGAAGCCUGGCCUGCUGCUUAUUUACAAAAGUCAAAAGACGAAGAGCAGCCACUGGGUGGGCACGGUGAUGCUCACCUCCUGCCAGGUGAUCGAGAGGCCCAGCAAAAAGGAUGGCUUCUGCUUUAAGCUUUUCCAUCCCCUGGAACAGUCCAUUUGGGCGCCGCGAGGACCCGACAAGGAAACCAUUGGUGCCGUGGUCCAACCGUUGCCAACCGCUUACCUGAUCUUUCGGGCUCCCAGUCAAGCGGCCGGCAAGUGUUGGAUGGAUGCCCUGGAGCUGUCCCUGAGAUGUUCGGCCCUGCUGUUGCGUACCAAUAGCAGCACGGGAACGGCUCCAUCGUCCAGCUUUGUGGGUGAACCGCUGCCCGUCUCCCAUGAGACGCAAUGGUCGGAGGCGGACUACGAGAAGCACUUCAACGAUCAAGAUCUGGACGCAGACAGCCAGAAUGAAGCACCCAAUGCCGUCAUGUCUGGUCUGGAGUCAGAAUCCGAGUCGGAUCCGGCAGAGCCAGCGCAGGAUGAUGGCGUUGAGCAGCAGUGCGAGGAGACCACGUAUGUGCCCUUCACCGAGGAGGAGUUUGGCGAGCAAGGGGAGCAGGUAGAGGAGUUGGCAGACGAGAACAAGAGCCUAAUUUGGUGCAUUGUCAAGCAGGUGCGACCGGGGAUGGAUCUGAGCAAGGUAGUGCUGCCCACGUUUAUCCUGGAGCCGCGUUCCUUCCUGGACAAGCUAUCCGACUCGUACUACCAUGCGGACUUGCUCUCCAAGGCCGUGCAGGAGGAUGACGCUUUCACGCGCAUGAAGCUAGUUGUGCAAUGGUACCUGUCCAGCUUCUACAAGAAACCUAAAGGCCUUAAGAAACCCUACAAUCCGAUUCUUGGCGAGCGAUUCCGGUGCUAUUGGCAGCAUCCCAGCGGUAGCCGAACAUUCUACAUUGCGGAGCAGGUUUCGCACCAUCCGCCCGUGUCGGCCUUUUAUGUGACGAACCGCGAGGACGGCUUCAGCAUCACCUGCUCCAUCCUGGCGAAAUCGAAGUUCUACGGCAACAGCACCUCGGCGGUGCUUGAGGGCGCUGCCACGAUGACGUUGCUGCCGCGCGGUGAGUGCUAUACGGCGACAUCGCCGUACGCACACUGCAAGGGCAUCCUGAUGGGCACGCUCUCCAUGGAGCUGGGCGGCAAGAUAAACAUCGAGUGUGAGAACACCGGUUACAGGACGGAGCUGGAAUUCAAGCUGAAGCCGUUCCUCGGCGGCGCCGAUGCUACCAACGUGGUUGUGGGCAAGAUCAAGCUGGGCAAGGAGACGCUGGCCACCAUUAACGGUCACUGGGACAAAGAGUGUCGCGUUAAGGACUCCAAGACGGGAGAGGAAACGCUGCUGUUCAGGGUGGAUGCCGAGACGCGCUCAAAGCGGCUUACGCGCCAUAUGGUGCCGCUGGAGUCGCAGGACCCCAACGAAUCGCAGCGCCUGUGGCAGCACGUCUCCGAUGCGAUUGCCCGCGAGGAUCAGGUGGCCGCCACCGAGGAGAAGACCGUGCUGGAAGAGCGCCAGCGAGCCGAUGCAAAGGAGCGGGCCAGCACCGAAUCCACCCAUAUGCCGGAACUCUUCGAGCUCGACAGCUACGGCCAGUGGCUGUACAAGUACGCCGAUCUCCGGCCUUGGGACUCCCGCAACGAUGUCCGCCAGUAUGAGUGCCAAUUUAAGGUGCUAACUCAGACGCGACACAAGUCGGUGCCCAUUGUCCACGGCGCCGAAAUGAUCCAUCCCCUGCGCAGCUCCCUCGAGACGCUCUCCCGCACCCAAAGACAAUCGCCGGCCGGACAGGCCAUACCCGCAGUGUCCAAGGCCAAGAACAAGAGCUUGGUGCUGGCGCCGCGCGAUACUAACUCGGACUCUAGUCAGUCGCCACAAGGAGCGGUUAAGCGCAGUUCCUCUAGCGCUAUUAAGCAACUCGCCUUGGCCGUGGACCAGGUGAACCGUGUGCUGGAACUGCACACCCGACAGCUGAACGAGAUUAGCCAGCGCCUGGAGCGCAUGCAGUACUCGCCUCCGUCUAGCAGCUUAAGCGUGCAGUCGCAUCACUUACUAGGCGGCGGCGUGUCGCAGUCGACGGUAUUCAAGUCGCUAAUCUACGCUCUGAUCGGGCUGACCUUCAGCCUGAUCCUGCGCUGGCUGUUCAAAUAGAAUGGCGGAGUCACUGUUGGUGUCAUUUUGUUUAGGCUUAAGCAAACUUUUGGUCAACCUAUAGAUAACUAUAUAUAUAUAUAUAUACAUACUCACCCUAAAGUACAGACAACGUAUGUAUAUGCUUUACUGAAUUGUACAUUUGGUCCUACUCAAAUGCCUUUGCACGCUGCCAGAGAUUUAAACCCAGGCCGAGGCGCGUGGCCAGAACAUCCGUUGUGAGACAGUCUAAUCACGAACUAUGUAUAAGAUUAAGUGUUUCUCGUAUGUAAGUCCCAACAAUCCAAGAGUCUCCCGCAGACAACGUCCAUGUGCAAGUUUUUUUCCCAUGUAUCCCUGGAAACUCUUUACUCAAGUUAGACCCUUUGGGUAGGUUAGGAUGUCGGAUAUAAACAAAUAUACACACACGUACGAGUAGAUGCACCAGAUUUCGCAUAAAUUCCAGUUUAACCAAUGCUACUAUUUAGAUAUUUUGCUUUUCCGAUUCUGACAUGAUUUGGAGUGAAAAAAUAAAAAAUGCUUGAGAGGCUCUGCCCUUUAAAACAGCACUUAUAGACAAUGCAACAUACCUUAAAGAUUUAGCGUAAAAGUGCUUGUAGCAAUUACUUUUAGUAUCUCUUAUACACGACCUGUUUUUCCCUUUCCCAAAAAAAACUUCAUACCUUAAAAAAUUAAUAAAUUCCCCUUUUUCAAGUCAA